AUGUCUUUUGUUACAUCUAAUAUAAACGUCAUUGGAUCUGUGUUUAAAUCUCCUGAGAACACAGAGGGCAAAGAUGGAACCAAGCUAACUAAGCAGGAGCCCACAAGACGGUCGGCCAGAUUGUCAGCGAAACCUGUUCCACCAAAACCGGAGCCUAAACCAAGAAAAACAUCUGCUAAGAAAGAACUGGAAACAAAGAUUAGCAGAGGUGGUAAGGGGAAGAAGGAAGAAACCGAAGCGGGAAAGGAAGGUACUGCACCAUCUGCAAACGGUGACUGUAGAGCUGAAGAGAUCCACGUCUCUCGUUCAGCUGUCACUCUGUCCUCGUGCAGAAGUCCCCCACCCAGCACACUGUCAGUAAAAGGGCAGAUUGAAACAGCACAGAGAACUGAACCUAUAGAUACUGGGAGAAUGAAUUGUCAUGGAAACUAGGGUCGAUUCACGUACCUCUCGGGACAACUUUUAAAAGCUAUUUUACCAAGUAUUUUGUAAAUGCUAAUUUUUUAGGACUCUAUUAGUCGGCAUAAAAUCUAUAUGAAGAUGGACAUUUUAUCCUCUUACGGUGAUACUUUUUUGGAAAUUUCCAUCAUUCUCAAGUCAAGUAAAUACCAAUUUAAUAUCAGAGCUGCGUGUGAAAUGGAUUCAGCAUUCCAUGUCCUUGCUUUAAAAUUUUAGUCCUGUGCAUACUGUGUUGUUUUUACUGUGCAUAUUUGAAUUUUUCAUGCAAUUUUUCUAGAGCAAUAAUCAGUGGUGCUUUUGUGCCUAGGUUUUAUGUGAUUUUAAUGACGUAUGGAUAGUUGUGGCCACCUGCUGACUAUUUGUGAUUUAAAAUAAAAAGGUUUUCUUGUCUGCAAAAUA